GCGUCGAAGGUCGGACCAGCGUAACCACGCUCUGGUACGUUUGGGUCACGUGGUCUUCAACGCUGCAUAGAGACAGCUUGGAACAGCCGCGGAGUGAGCAGAUUGCGGGAGGGUGUCGUUUUUGGACGGAGAUACUGUCGAACAAAAUGGGAGUCGAGGUUGAGACAAUAACCCCGGGCGAUGGAAGGACUUUCCCCAAAAAAGGACAGACGUGUGUGGUGCAUUAUGUCGGCUCCCUCACCGAUGGACGCAAGUUUGACUCUUCCCGUGACCGUGACAAGCCCUUCAAGUUCAAGAUUGGCAAACAGGAAGUGAUCCGUGGCUGGGAGGAGGGAGUAGUGCAGAUGAGUGUUGGCCAGAGGGCAAAGCUGACCUGUACACCUGACUUUGCCUAUGGCAACAAGGGUCAUCCAGGGAUCAUCCCACCCAAUGCAACCCUCAUCUUCGAUGUGGAGCUGCUCAGCCUGGAGUGAAAGCUUCUCUUCAGCCUCUUUUUUUUGUUUGUAUUUUUUUGUUUGUCUCCUACCUUGGACACUUGGAAAGAAGCUAGGAGAGUCUGCACUUGAUUCUUUAAGAGUCCUGAGUCUAAUCUUCCAUCACUUGGGUCACUAUUUUAUCCGUAUAGAUCUGUGUUUUUGUCAGUGACUGUUAUUAUUCCCCUCCCCUCCACAUUCUUCCUAUCAAACUAUGGGCCAUAACCUAACAAACCUCGUGAUGUUCUUAAUCUUGAAAAUACUUAAAUUGUGGAAUUAUUUUGCUGUUCUAGUUUGUGCAUGAUCAAGUGUAACUACAACAUACCAAUGAACCAUAAAGCAGAGAUCUCGUUUACACAACAAUGUACAUUCACUCAUUUAUUUUCCACUGAACGGGUUGUCCACGUGCAAGCGACCAUGUUUGACUUCUGAGUUGAAGAUGUAGAGUAACAAAAAGCACACGUUGUAAUUCAUACCUCCUCCCAUCUGGAGAAUAGAACAAAUAUGAAUUUAGCGUAGGACGUGAAGAUCUAUCUAGCCUGUACUGUUAGUUUGCAUAGAGGUGUAGCUUUUAAUCAUCACGGUCUAUCCUUUAUGAUGUCAAUCAGGAACUCAUUUAAAAAUGUUGAUUAGAAAUGAAGCUGUCUUUUUAUUCUGCCCUUCCAAUUUGAAUUAGGUAGCUGUGAUUAGAGUGGCUGUCCAUACACUAUUGUGGUUUAGUUUGGUAGUGAAACUCAGCAUCCCUGACCCUAGUGCCUCUUAAAAAAAAGAAAAAGAAAAAAGAAGAAGAAUAGCAGCCCAAUGACCACUGAUAUAUGUCACAAAGAAAACAAGUCUUGCUGCAAAAUGUGUCUGUAAUGUCGUGUUGCCUCAAAUUAGAACAAUAAUCUAAACAGGCCAGAUGGAGGGGAAAAACAAAUUGCUGUUUUGUGGUGGUUUAAACUUUGCUUUGUACAAAUCAAAGGAAUCAAGGGUUUGAAAAUUGCAGUGUGUGCAACGGAUUUCAACAUACUUGCAGGUAUAUAACAACUACUUGGAUAUCUGCACAGUUUUAGCAAUGAUGACAUUUUGCAGCCACACUCAAAUUGGAUAGACAUGGGGUAUGCAUGUCCCAUAUUAAGUCCUGUACUGAGGUUUGAAUUUCACUGUACUUAACUUUUUUCCAAGACGUUUUAGAGAUUUAGUAUUCAUCAAGCCAUUAAGUUUCUCUGCCAUGCAAAAUAUGGAUAUGUGUGUACAUCUGUGCACACAACAUUUAUGUUUUGCCUUUUUUUUUCCCUUGCAGAAAUGUUAUUGCUAAACUAGGGGAGUGAGUAGUCUACAUAAUUGUGACCUCCCCUACGUUAUUUAGUUUAAUUACUUGCCAUUAUUUGUAUUUUUCAGAUGCCAACUUUCUAACACAAAGUAAUACUAUUCUAGAGUUGGACUUUAAAUUAUAAAUUUGUUCUUUUUUGCAAGCUGCCACUAUUAAUACCGUUGUGGGCCACAUUGCCUAAACAAGUCCUUUGUUUUGUUGGCAUGACAAUUAUGGCAGCAAUGUUUUGUAUGAACGAUAAAUGUUUUAAUGAAGAGUUAACUGAAAAUAUAACUUAAGGAGAUGCUGGCCUUUGCUACUGUUGAAAUUCAAGCUAUCUGGAUAUGUGGCUUAAAGGGUCCUUUGCUGCACUGUUCAUUUGUGUGCUGAGUAACAUAGCGCAGGCAAAACCAAUGACGAAAUCAAAAUGUGCCGUUGCAAUAAAGUGCUUUCUACCUGCUUUGA